UUCUUUUCGCCGCAAACAUGACCGAAGUAGGCGGACGCAGAAGUUUCAAGGUCUUCGGCCAGNNGGAGUUCAUUGUCGAUGCGCGGUACAAUGUCACAAAGGAGCUGGGUCAGGGCGCCUACGGUAUCGUGUGGUAUGUUUUCCUCAGCAACAAGGUGCCAGAAGCCCAACUGACCAAGCCGACUCCAGCNGCGGCACAAGCAGGCCACGAUCCGAAAGAACAGGUAGCCAUCAAGAAGAUCACCAAUGUCUUCAGCAAGCAGAUCCUGGCCAAGCGCGCCCUUCGUGAGAUCAAGCUACUGCAACACUUCAGAGGCCACCGCAAUGUCAGUCUUCCCACUCGAAAUUACGCUUUCCUCUACAACGAGGUCUACUUGUACGAAGAACUGAUGGAGUGUGAUUUGGCUGCCAUCAUCCGCAGUGGCCAGCCCUUGACCGACGCCCACUUCCAGUCCUUCAUCUACCAGAUUCUCUGUGGUCUCAAGUAUAUCCACUCGGCAAACGUCUUGCACCGCGACCUCAAGCCCGGUAACCUGCUCGUCAAUGCCGACUGCGAGUUGAAGAUUUGCGACUUCGGUCUCGCCCGUGGCUUCAGCAACGAGCCCGACAAUGUUGCUGCUGGCUUCCAGACCGAGUAUGUUGCUACAAGAUGGUACAGAGCUCCUGAGAUUAUGCUCAGUUUCGCAGAGUAUACAAAAGCCAGUAUGUCGUGCCCCGUGUACAACCAUUCUCUUUGUCAUGCUGACCACCCCUUCCANGUCGACGUCUGGUCUGUUGGAUGUAUCCUUGCCGAACUUCUCGGAGGUAAGCCCUUCCUGAAGGGCAAGGACUACGUCGACCAGCUCAACCAGAUUCUUCACGUCCUCGGCACUCCCGACGAGAGUACUCUCCAGCUCAUUGGCUCGCCUCGCGCCCGCGAGUAUGUCCGCGGGUUGCCUUACAUGCCUCGUAUCCCCUACCAGCAAUUCUUCCCCCGUGCCAAUCCCGACGCCCUGGACCUGUUGGAAAAGAUGCUUGCUUUCGUCCCUGCCAAGCGCAUCACCACCGAAGAAGCUCUCGAGCACCCAUACCUCGCCAUCUGGCACGAUCCCAGCGAUGAGCCCGCUUGUCCUACAAAAUUCGACUUCCGCUUCGAGGUUGCUUUGGGUGAGAGCACAACUGAAGGUCUCGAGAGGGAAUUGGAGUACGGUCUGGAUGCUCAAUACGGCCAGCAGCAGAUGCGA